UGGCGUGGCCCCACAGUGGCUGUUGAUGUUCGCGCUGCACCCUCGCUAAUUGAGGAGCGGGUGGCGUUCUUCAUCCCCUAAAUCGGCGCGAUCGCCGCUCAACUCUGCCGCCUCUAAUGAGUGAACUCCACCGCUGCCGUCCGUGUGAGCCCCGGCGCCUAUCGAUUCACGCCGUGGCUACAGCCGAGACAGGGGACGACGCGGGGUCCCGUGUCGUUGUCGUUGUUGUUGUUCCUGUGGGGACUCGGGCCGGUGACCACGCCACGUGUCCUCUCGUGAAGGACUUACUGGGCCCGCCAAAGUCACGCAGUAAUGAUGAGUGGUCCGGUCGACAUGUGCGCCCCGCACUCCCCAACGCUGGUGCCCAUAAUGCUGGAUGUGGGCUCUGCUGACCCCCUGCAAGCUGCCACCCUCGCCUACUGGGACAACAUCCUGGGCCCACGCGUGCACAACCUCUGGCUCGUCGGCGACCCGGCGUCGGAGCGCGACGUGAUGCGCGAGUCGGAGUUCUGCCUCCUGUCGACGCACACCCUGAACGGCGAGGUGCUGCGCAGCGCGCCCGACGGCGCCGCCGACGUGAAGCUCUACGAGCUGGCGGAGCGCGGCGCCUGCGUCUCCUCGCUCGUGUUCGACGCCCCGCGCUGGCGCGGCCGCCAGCAGCAGGGCGUGCUGGCGCUGGCGCUCGUGCUGCGGCUUGCGCCGCGCCCGCUGUGCGUGCGGGCGCACACGCUCGCCGCAGCACGGCUCGCGCACGCCACGCGCGUGCUGCGCGUGCUCAUGUACAAGGACUCGGACAAUAUCGUGCAGUUCUUGACUGGGGAGCUAACCUCCAUCGCCAAGCUGUUUGUCUCGCUCAACAGCCACGGCGUGCCUGACAGCAUCUCCCUGAAGGAUACGUAUUUUGAAGACAACCCUGAAGAAGAAAAACGGAAUAUUCUUUCCAGCGUGGUGAGGUCUCACCUGCAGACGUGCGGCUGCUCCAUCGUCAUCGGCUCAGACCCGCGAGAGGUUAACAAGAUGGUGAAGACGCUGUGUCUUUUCCUGAGUCCGGCAGAGCGGCGCUGUUCGCGUUUGGCCGAUCCCGAAGCCAAGGACAAGUACGAGUAUGGCCUGGUGGUGCAGGGACUGCUGAAGGACAAGGAUGGCAUCUUGACACUGCCCUUCCGUUCCGUGGUGCUGGCGCCAAUGCCCAGCUCGCUGGUGGACGUGGACAGACCGUACAGCGUGUUCCAGACGCCACCCAAACACGUGCACGUCUUCCGGCAGCACAAGCUGUUGCGCAGCGAGCUCGUCCGCUACUGGAGCGACCCCACACAGCUCUGCGCCCCGUCGCCCAUCCAGGACAUAAAUUACUUUCAAGAGGUUCCUGCCCCGGACACGCUGGUCAGCACCUUCAUUAACGAGGUAUUCAUGGUUGACGUUGGCGAGCGGCUCCAGUUUCUCGCGCGCUUUGUGCUCCUGCUGCAGCGCAAGGCUCUGGCUCUGCUCUUCCACAUCGAGGAUGAGACGCAGCAGGGGAAGAAGCCGCUGCAAUCGCUGGGGAAGGUUAAGAAGGAGCUGGACCUGACCGAUAAGGGUGACCUCAGUGUGGUGAUGGCUACAGCGGAGCAGAUGAGGCCGGGCGUGCACAGCUUCCUGUUCGGGCGCCAAGUGGAAAGCACCCUCCUGGAGCAAGACACCCUCGCAAGUUUCUGAUGUGCCCAUCUCCGAGUGUGUAGCUCGCCCCCCUCCCCUCUCGUCCACCCAAUUGUCUACAUUAAUGCCCACCCUCCUGCCGACACUCAUGAAUGAUUGGUAAAUGAUGAAGUACCGUGCCAUUUCUUGGCACGUGACCCAGUGUUGGUGGCGCAUGCGGACUUCUGCCUUCACCAUGGCGGUGGUGUCUUUGAGGAUGCAUGAGACAGGGAGAACUCAACGUUCAAUUGCUACCAGGGCCGGAGGAUUUGGGUGUCUUUGUCCCCAGGAUACCAGAGCAGAAACGACACAGCCCUCACCCCCUUCUCUACACCCUUACCCAUACGCAUCAUCCUCAAACCUCGUUGUGGUGACGCACUCCAAUGCCAAUGAUAAACAGUUCCAUUAUGAAUACAAUAUAUUUUUUUUAGGGGUCCCUCUGGAAUUUUGGGCCCUGAACAAAUGUCCAGUUUUCCCUGCCCCCGCUCACCACCCGCAAAUCCGGCCCUGACUGCUUCGUCUCUUUGUACCCCAGCAUGUCGGAUUAAUUGCACAGCGGCCACUGCUGCAUAAUGAAUAUUGUGAGUUCAGCGUAACCCUGGUGUCGGGAGUGAGAGGGUGGUCUCAAGCAGUGUUACAUUCAGGCCAUGAUAACACCGAGGGCAAUUUUGGGACAAUAUUUUCGGCAGUUGCCACUAGCAAUCAAUAUGCUUUGAUCAUUUCUUGACAGCCUGGUACGGCAAUGGCAUAAAGUGACAAGAGUUUUGUCGUGCCAAAGAAAGCAGUAUUAUGUUUAUUUGAUGAAUGGUGAUUGGUUUACAGAGGAUGCAACUGUGGGUGGGCCCAUGUAACAAGUCUGUGAUCGGAUUGGAAUUUGCCAUCCCAGUUGUCCGUAUUUGGGCAACUAAAUUCCAACAGAAAACUUGUAACUAUUGCCUCUGACGAUGGCUGGCAACAGUUGCCCUAAAAUGUCCCAUGUAUCUUGGCCUUUAUCUUGCAGCCAUGUUGGUGAAUUGUAAAUAUCCACUGCAUUUCAACGGUGCAGUUAUGAGAACAGUACAUUUGUUUUGUGAGCUGAUGCAUAUUAACGCAUUGCUGUAUUAAUGCCAUUUCGUGUUAAUGUGAAUUGUGUGUGGAGUACGUUUUGUGACAUUCGGUAAUGAGUUACUGAUGAGUUGUGUUUUUCUUGCCGCCGCUUAAAUUGACAAACUCGUGUUUUUAUUUUCCACUGUGAAUAUUUUUUUCUUUCCCGUCGUCAGGAAAGAAAUGUGGCCUUGUCUUGACAUCCAUUUGUCCCAGUGUGUGUCUGAAUUAAACUGUGAAAAUGGCUUUUGCCGAUGUCUCCAAUCCACCGGCCACGUGGGAGCGCUUGUGCAAAGAGCCGCAACAGAAAGCGUCGUGAUCGAAUGAACAGGCGGCUAAGCUAAUCGCGUACAUUUCUAUUUAACGCUGCGGUUGAAACUGCACGGCGUUUGUUAUGUAUACAUUUAACAGACCUGAAAAGCUUCCAAAUUGUGCCUGCGUAACGAGCGUGGUAGUGGUGUAAGCGUGGAGGCGGCGGGGUGAGGAUGGGCUGACCAUGUCGGCAACAUAAACUUAUUGUGGGCUGAGCAGGCGUUACGUUUGAGCCUCUAGGAAAAUGUAAGUAUUAACGACUAGAACAACAUUUCAUAAGCCAAUGACUUAUCGGUACACAGGCACGCACACGGACAAACUUGUGAGUGAAUCGAUUCGUUAGUUUUGUGAUGAGGGAACGAUUUAGUGUACAGAAUUUCAGUGCGAAUAAAGUCGGUGAUUGAUGCGAAA